AUGGAAAGGAGGAAUAUAUUGGAAAUUUUAAAGAGAAUUUUAAAAAAUUUCACUUAUCUAUUCACCAAAACUUGCUACGAUGAGUGUGCCAAGGAUAUGAUUCAACGGGAUUUUAUAGGCCCUUUUUUCAUAACUUUGGCCUUUUCACUGGCAGUGUAUAACCCCUGGAAAGAUAGAGAAGGAGGCUCAGUUAUUUACUCCUUUGCCUUAUUCUUCUUAAUUCUCUGGAUCGGACCCGUUAUUUGCGGAAUUAACGCCACAUUCAUGGGAUCCAACCAGGAUUGUUUAUGUGUAAUUUCGGCGAUGAUGUAUUUUUUAUUUCCAGUGUGUUUGGCUACGGUUGUGGCCUUGUGGUUCCCUAUUCUCUACAGGAUGUUAAUUAUUCUACCUUCCUUCGGAUAUUCUAAUUUAAUUUUAUAUCGAUUUUUAAAGGCUCAAAGUCAGGAGAAUAGGCAGAUUCUUGUAUUUCAACCGGUUUUACUUUUUUACUCAAUUUACACCAUUCUCGCCAUAUUAAAUUGAAUUUUUAAUGGAAAUGUAUUUAUUUUAAAAUUUUAAUUUUUUUAAUGUGCUACAGUGUAAA